AUCUGCUGUGGCAUCUUGAGCCAGGAGUCCUGUGGAGGAUGACUGAUGUUCUACAUCUUCCUACUUCAUCCCUCUCUUCUCUGUUUUUUGAAAGGUUCAAAUGUGGGAGUUGUCCCAGAUGUGGCUGCUGCUGCUGUCGCCGUGGGAGAAUGCCUUGGUGGGUGAUUAGCACCAUUCAGUGAUGGGCUGUGGGACAAGCAAAGUGCUUCCCGAGCCCCCCACGGACGUUCAGUUGGAUCUGGUUAAAAAGGUUGAGCCGUACAUCGGUCAUCAAAAUGACGUGUACAAGCACUUCAUCAAGGAGGAUGCUGUCAAAGCCGGCUCCCCCUCGCCUCCGCGUCACACCUAUCCCUACUCCAGUGGCCACCCACCGAACUACGCAGAGCAGCCUGAGCCCCGCAAGAACAAGGUGGCAAAGUACCGGGCCAAGUUCGACCCCAGGGUGACAGCCAAGUAUGAUAUCAAAGCCCUGAUUGGCCGUGGCAGCUUUAGUCGUGUGGUACGGGUAGAGCAUAAGGCUACCAAGCAGCCCUUUGCAAUCAAGAUGAUAGAGACCAAGUACCGGGAAGGGAGGGAGGUGUGCGAAUCCGAGCUGUGUGUCCUGCGUCGUGUGCGGCACACCAACAUCAUCCAGCUCAUUGAGGUCUUUGAGACGCAGGAGCGAGUCUACAUGGUGAUGGAGCUGGCCACCGGAGGGGAACUGUUUGAUCGAAUCAUUGCCAAAGGCUCCUUUACUGAGCGAGAUGCUACCCGAGUGCUGCAGAUGGUGUUGGAUGGGGUGAAGUACUUACAUACCCUGGGCAUCACGCACCGGGACUUAAAACCAGAGAACUUGCUGUAUUACCACCCGGGGACGGACUCUAAGAUCAUGAUCACGGACUUUGGGCUGGCAAGCGCUCGGAAGAAAGGAGACGACUGCUUAAUGAAAACCACCUGUGGGACACCGGAGUAUAUUGCCCCAGAAAUCUUGGUCAGGAAACCCUACACCAAUUCUGUGGACAUGUGGGCACUGGGGGUGAUCUCGUACAUCCUCCUGAGUGGAACGAUGCCCUUUGAGGAUGACAACCGAACCCGCUUGUACCGGCAGAUCCUGAAAGGAAAGUACAGCUACUCAGGGGAGCCCUGGCCCAGCGUGUCCAAUCUGGCCAAGGACUUCAUUGACCGGCUGCUCACGGUGGAUCCCGGCGACCGCAUGACAGCGCUUCAGGCCUUGAAGCACCCCUGGGUAGUCAGCAUGGCAGCCUCCUCGUCCAUGAAGAACCUGCACCGCUCCAUCUCGCAGAACCUCCUCAAGAGGGCCUCCUCGCGCUGCCAGAGCACCAAGUCGGCCCAGUCCACCCGCUCCAGCCGCUCCACCAAGUCCACCAAGUCGCGGCGGGGGCGGGAGCGGGAGCUGCGGGAGCUCAACCUGCGCUACCAGCAGCAGUGCAAUGGCUGAGAGCUCCGCAGGGGCUGGGUUGCCAGCUGUCAUCCCAGGUGCGCGGGGACCCCCAGGCUCCUCCGGCGGGAGCGGCCCUCCGUGUGCACGAGGCUCAGGGGAAAUGGAACCCUUGUCCCCCCACCGGGCACCCCUCCCUCAGCUGGGCGGCGUUUCGGAGCCCGCUACAGGAAGCGGGGCAGCGAAGGCCGCCUUGGUGCUCGUUCCGGCCCAGAGCGAAGGUCAAAGUUCAGAGCCUCCGCUCCUCAGCAAAUCAGGGAGCCAUGUGAAGAGAAGAGCCCCCUCCCCGGCCCAGGGGUUUGGCUGCCUGUAGCUAUUUAUUGAUCCCAGGGUGUCAAGUCCCUGGAUAGGCAUGGACAGUACUUGUGAUGGGCUCCAUGAAGUCAUGCCAUUGAUGCUGGUGGGCGUCGCAUGCGCACAGCCACGGUUGGAGUCUUCAGGGAGGGGCAGGAAGCAGAGAGGUUCCCCCUGAGAGCCUGGUGACUGGUCGCGUCCCAGGUGACGCAUGCUGUUGCCGGAUUGGUGGGCAAACUGGAAGCUAGACUGAGCUCCUUGGAGCGCAGACCAUCUGCAGUGGCAGGUCCCUGUGCCCUGGCUGAGGGCUCCUAACCCUGAGGAGGGGAGGGUCCUGCAGGAGCUACACUUUUUGCAGGACACCUAAAAAGGGCUUUCCUAAAGCAAGCCCCUGCCCCCGAGCUGCCACUCAGGAGGGUCCCCCCAGUCUUGAGAAGUGAAGGCUUGUGAGCCAGGGCAGAGCGGGGGAGGGGGAAUUGGGCACAAAGGGAGGGUCUGCAGAGGCCAGUUGAGAUGUCUUUUGAGGCAGGCAGCACAAGGACAGCAGGAAGCAGAGCUUGGUGAUGGCAGGUGCCCUGUGGUCUGGGUGACCUCAGAGGCCAGCUGGCAUUCCUUUUCACCCCUGGCUUUGAAUUUCUGGGUUCUGCACCCUAGUGUUGUGCCAUGGACCCAACAGAGACAGGUGGUUCCAACAGUGCCACGUUACCGGGUCAAAACUGUGACUGUCCCAGCUAAUAUGCACUUGCCUCCUAUUCAGCCAUCUCCAGGCCUGCUGUUGGGAUAGCAGCCGGAGCUUCAGGGCAGGUUGUGGCAUGGACAAGGGAGUGGGGCGGGGUGUGGGGGGGGGUCAUGUCACUACAGAAACUCCCUGUCCGCACUGGGAGUGGAGCUUUUCCUACCAGACACUCAACCUGGAGCAUCAACCUCGGGAAGCACUGCUCCGUCGGUCACUUCGAUCCAGAGAGGAAAACAAGGAGCUAAGGCAGAAUCUUUCCUGUGGCUAGGAGGCGCUAGACCCCUGAUUGCCACUUCCUGACCCACAAGCCCUUUCAAAGGCCUUCUCCCCCUGCUGUAGGGCAAGUGAAGCUUCAGGCCAGGUCUUCACUCGAUUGAUCUUCCGGAGUUCGAUUUAGUGGGUCUAGAAAAGACCCGCUAAGUCACACUCAGAGGGUGCACCCAUCCGCAGCCGGUACUCCUGCUCUUGCGAGGAGUAAGGGAAGCUGACAGGAGUGUUUGCUCCCAUCGGCCUCCCGCUGCGGGGAUGAUAGGAAAACUCAAAUCAAGGUCUGUCGAUUCCAGCUAUGUAAUUAACGUAGCUGGAGUUGUGUAUCUUGAUUGGACCUUCCCCUUUAGUGUAGACCUGGCCUCAGAAAAGGCCAGAUUGGCGCCUGCUGAGUUCUGGUCUGGCCCAAUGUGUUCCUGGCUGGAACAGAGCCUGCAGGAACACGUGUCUCGCCCAGGAGGCUCUUCCUUCCGGGUCGGCAGCGUUACUCCUCAAAGCACUGCAGCCGUCGCAGGCUGUGUCAUCCGGAAAGGUCCUGGGUGACGUCCCUCCUGGAAGAUGUAGGGCCUAAUAUGUUUUGGGGAACAAAAUGCUUUUAGAGAGGUCGUCUCAGCUGGUUCUCGGUGACUCAGUGUCUGGCUCCAGAGGGCUGGCUGGCUUUCAGGUGUGUGUGGCACUGCGUCAUGGCGUGACCCAGGCCUGGCCUCUGGACGGGCUGUCAUCCUCUCUCACCGGUUUGAUUAGAGUCCCUCCGAAGAGAUCCCAGCUGAUCCCACCGUCCUGGGCUUUGCAUGAGCAGAGCUCCCGUUCUGACCGAUGCAACCUCGUCUCUUCAGUGGGAAAGCACCGAGGACGCUCGGGUGCACACAGCGGGAGCCAUACGGCUCAUUGUGCAGGCAGUUGUCUUAGACCUACCAUGCUUACGCCCAGACCGCAGCCCUGUGCAAGCCAGGAAGGGAAUGGUGGAGCUUUCCUGGGGGGCGAGUCCAAGCUCCUCUUAGAACCUCAGGUAACCUCCUGUCUCUCUGUCUGUGUGUCGCCUUCUCGCCCCCCAGGAGAGCCUAGGGCAGGAGUGAAGGCGGGGGGCGGGGUUGUCUCUGGAAAUGUGCUGCCAUCGCAGAUAGUUCUGCUAAUGAGGCCAUUUCGUCCGCUCUGCUUUUGGGCAACAGUGCGCGUGCCCUCCAUCUGCUCUGCCCCUCUCCGCCCGCAGGCCGAGACUCAGGAGUGCAAAAGUGCCCCAGAGGUGGCUUUCCCACGUUAACCUUUGCCCACCUGCCCCACUGGGAGUCCCUGCGUGCAUGUACCUUUUUCCCCUCUUAACUGUUGUUCUUGAGACUCGGCCCAGCGAGAGGUUGGGUCACUGGCUGCAGGAUUGAAUAAUCUCGUAAAUAACACACUGUUUGUGUAUCUGUGCCCAUCUUGCUGGUUUGCACUUUCCCCGGACAGACCUCUCCUGCUCAGUAUGUGAACAUUGUCCUCCCCGGCCGCGUUUAGCAGUGAAAUGUGACUGCCGUUAGCAUCUCCGAGGGUCUGUCGGGUUAGUCGGUAUCUGCAAAACCAGCGAGGAGCCCUGGGGCACCUUAAAGACAAACAUUUCCUUGGGCAUCAGCUUUUGUGGGUAGAAACCACUUGUUGGAGGUCUAAGUGUUUGUUACUCUCAAAAGCUGGGCAUUUUGGAGUGAGAGGGACACCUAGUGGCAAAUCUCAGAUCGCCUUGCAGAGAGAGAGCUCUUUGCAUGCUGUUACCGGUUUUGGUACACAGGUUUUGGUGGAGGUGAUGGGAAAGAGGGAUGUCUUCAGAGCUGCUGCCCAAGCCAGUGAAUAAUUCCUGUCUUUAACCAGCACAGCUCCCUUUUUAGUCCCUUGGAAAAACUGCCCGGAUGAUUUUGCCCAGCUGCCCUGCAGCACAUGGGACUGGCGAGGCGGGGGGACGAUUCUUGGGCACGUGUGCUUGAACCUUUGGCACCAAAGCUGUGAUCUGCUGGUGUGUGCAUGCUAGUGAGGAGUCUUUCCCUCUGCCAGUGAGCUCCCUCAGGUGUCUGAGCAGAGUGGUUAGGCCCUCUCGGACAGUGCCCCCUCCCCCAGCCUUUCCCUCUACCCACGAGGCCUGGGUGCGUUCUCCUCCUGUGCGCUCAGUGACGCUUCAUUCCUUGAGCGGCAGCAUGUACACAGCUGCUCUCUGUGACUGCUCAGCUCCCUGCAGCUGGGAAUGAAUUUUAGCCACCGGGUUGUUUGAAAAUGGCUGGGACUGCUGUGCUAUGCAUUGUCCUUGGUGCGUGAUUGGUCACCUAAGGCACAUGCGUUCUUUGCUCCUCCUGGAGGUCGAAGUUGCCGUCUGUGCAUGUGGGUAUGGGUACUAGCCUGAAGAGCAGCCACUCACCACAUACGGGUCUGAAAUAAUGGUCACGGUCACCAAAGGGACCGGCAGGAAACUGGCUGAGUGGGACGUCAGUUCAGUCUUCUGCUGCCGACCAGUGAGCGCCUGCAGGGAGGCAGCAGAGAGCAAACGGCCUUUGACUGGAAGCGAUCGCUGAGUGCCGAGACCCGGUGUGAAACUUUGCACCCUAAUGCAUUGUCCUGGGCUAAGGAUCUGCUUUCCACACUAUUCACUCCAGCCCCCGGAAAUGUCCUGUCAAGAGCUAAGGGAACUACCUGAGGCUGCCUAUUGGAACUUAGCAAUACUGUGUGAAUUGGUCUCUUCUUUCUGACUGGGCGUUAGUUUCAGCUGGCCUGGGCUUGCGGGGGAGCUGGUUCUGACUUCGGAGGAAGCUUUCCGUUGGAUCCUGCAGAUUUUGGCGCAUUCGCAGAAAUAACCAAGGGCUUCCAAAGCGAACCGCCAACAGGCUGCAUACAGCCGAGGCAACUUUGGAUCCUGCUUUUGAAUGUACUGGAGUUGGACUUCUCACGGGCCUUUGCCAACCUCCCCCCAAAAACGUUGUGAAGCAAACCACGCAGUCAUGGCUGUAAGAGGGAAGGGCCAUAGGAGACACAGUGGUGGAACAAAUGGUCCCCUCAGUAGCCAGGGAGGAAGGGUGACAUCCCACGAGGGUCCGGACCGGGACCGCGCUGGUCACACUCAGAACUAGCUGGAAAAGGGGAUGUGCAGGGAAGAGGUGCAAUGUGCAGAUGAUACAAAAUGAGUCAAGAAAGGCCCAAGUUAUAACAGGGUUCACAAAAGGGCUCUUAGCCAAGAUGGGCAGGGACGCAGCCGUGGUCUGUCUCCUGGCCCCUCCCAGUGCAACGCCAAAUGGCUACGUGCCAACCCGAUGGGAAGGAGACCGUGAAGUAUUCCAAAACAAGCUGCUGUCUUCCCUAAUGGUCAGAGUUCAGUGGAACCCCAGAGGCCCUCGUAGUGCUGGGAGCUCUGCAAACCCAGGGGAAGGGCUCCCAGGCGGAAGUAGCGAGGCCGUCCUGCUGCUUUGGGUGGGGACUUAGACCCCAGCAACAGUGAAGUUCCUGCAACAGAGGUUUGGGGGCAGUCUGCCUGCUGGUGGCCUGACCUCUGUGGGCAGGGGGGUCUCCAGGCCUCGGUAUUUUUGCUAUAGUCGUUGUAAUGUUGUCUGCUCUGGUACCUUCCCAUGGCUGCUUCCUUUGCCAGGCUCCGGCCUGCCCCAUGCCCCAGGCCUUGCCUUCAGCGCUGCCGCGUGCGCUGCCGCCCGGCCUGUUGUAGUGGGGCGAGGCUGAGGCUGGGCAAUUCUAGAGUGAGCCGGCACGGUCGGUGACAGAGCCCCCCGAACGCCGGUGGCUGACUGGGGUCGGACGGGGGCUCUGUCUCUCUCAUGCCUUCAUCAGAAUCUAGGCUGCCAGUGGGUGUGAAGUGACGUCGGGUUUCCUGUUUCCGCGGCUGGGGUCUCAUCAAGGGGACCCCCAUUAUUUCCCGACUGCUGAAAAGGGCUUCAGGUCCCCCAGCACGGCUCCUGCCUCUCUGGGGCAGCAGGUGCCACUGCCACGAAAGCUGCCCUUUUGCCUACAGUAUUCUGCAGUGGGUGCCACGCUACGGCUGUGGGGCAGACUGCUCCCUGGGGCCAGACUCCGCUCGUGCCAGGAGCAGCUGGCAUAGGAAGAGGCUGUGUCACCUCUGCCACAGGGAAUUGCCUGCUGCCUCCCUCUGGCCAAAUACAGCCAUUGUGUGACCUCUGGCUGGAGGAUCUGUCCCAGCAUCUCGAAAGGCCAGCCAGGCCACCCCGGGACCUCCAUUCAUUGCCCCUUCGGGGGAGCAUCUCCCCCUCCGGUGGCCAGGCUGCCCUCCGUCUUUACAGCAGGGCGGGAAGGUCUGGGACUAGGAACACGUCUGGUCUGGCUCCCAAGUGCCCUCCCAGAGCAGCAGCAUCCGUCUGUCUGGGCACAGCUUGACCCCCAGAGCAUCUCUGCUCAGUGCCUACCUCCUUAUCCAGGAUCCUUCGGGCUUCCUGUCAGAACGUAACCCCUCGAGAACCCGCUGCAAACCAACCAGCCCGCGCGGGGGGUGGGGGGAGAGGGGGCGGCGUGUGUGACAGCCUUUGGUAGCUCACGUUCACCCUCUGGGCUGUAAAAUGAAAAAUCCGUGAUAUUGUGUGACUGAGGCAGGCGCCAGCUUGGCUUCCUGGGGAGUCGCCCCUUGGAAAGCAGUGCAGAAAGUGAGUCCUGCAUGCCUGUUAACGGGGCCGUUGUGGUGUGAGCGUGACCCCCACCCCGGGGCUCUUACACAGCUUCCAACUCUCCUGUCUCUUGAAACACUGCCACGAAGUGCCUGUGCUGUUUGGUGCCUUGUCUCCGAUUGGGCAGGGCCUGCGCUGACCUCCUCCCUCCCACCAGGUUCUUUGUCCAAAUGUUUCCUUUUCCGGAGAGCUCUGCAGCCCUUCAGGGCUCCCAGGCAUGUGUCCGCGAGCCAGACGCCUGCAUCGCCAAGAACGUGCCAUAGGAAAGGCAGUGUCUGGUGGUGCAGAGAGCACGGCUGGAUCCCGCUGGUGAGCUGCCAGGUACUCUGCCCCCCUCCAGCUGUAUUUCCCCCACCUACGCACAACCCCCUCCUCCGUCCCAGCCGAGCUGCGGGUGGGGCCCACAUGCAGGCGCCUGUUGGACAGAGCCCGUGCCAUGAGUGCGCGUGGAAAUGCUGUGACCCUUCCUGCCAAGGUGCCGCUGGGACUGCCUCAGGCCUGGCUCUGGAUUUUGUGUCUGGUCUCCUUUGCCACGUUGGCGCUGCUGAAGGUCCUCGCCCCGCUCUGGCUCCGUGCUGUGCGGCUCGCGGGGGCCGGUCCGGUCCUGGGGUUUGCCUUUCGGUUCCCUAAGGAACGGCCUGUGGAGCCCCGGUCGUUAGCCUGCCGUGUUCCAGGAGGGGCUAGGGUUAUUUAUUUUGUGCAUCCCGUCUGUUCAAUGUGCACAUGUAUCCGGUGUAUCAAUAAACCUCCUGUCCCUAUU